AUGAUUGAGGGAUACGGUGCUGUAACACAGGCACUUUUAGGGACCCUUCUGACGUGGGGGUUAACUGCUGCUGGAGCCGGUUGCGUAUUUUUUAUUAGAGGAAAACAUAGGAAAGUUCUUGACGUGUCAUUAGGCUUUGCCGCGGGAGUGAUGACGGCGGCCUCAUACUGGUCUCUUUUGGAACCAGCUAUAAAUAUGUGUAAAGCAUCUACAACAUAUGGAUCAGAAGGACAAUUUGCUUUUAUACCAGUUGCAUGUGGAUUCUUGUUUGGUGCAGUGUUUGUUUACGGUACUGACAAGUUUUUGGACUAUUUGGGCCUCAACUCUACCAACAUGAUGAUGACUAUGACAAAAAAUAAAGAUUCAAAGGAGAAAUUAGAAGACCUUGAAAUGAUGACUGCCUUAAAUAGGCGACCGUCAAACCAAACAAGCAUUGUGACGAUGGAUCCACAGCAACCGGCGGAUUUUGCAGACUGCAUUAACAACCAGCACACUGCACAGCGACGUAGGGGUCACUCACACCACUCUCUGAAAGUCGGUGAGAACGGCGAAGGCGAUCGUCGUGAUGGUAUUGUAAAACAAUUGGAAGCGCGGCAAUCGCAAUGGAAGCGAAUUAUGCUUCUAGUGGUAGCGAUCACUGUACACAAUAUACCGGAAGGUCUCGCUGUCGGCGUGUCGUUUGGCGCCGCUGGUUCAUCAGAACAUUCAUCCUUCCACACGGCCAGAAACCUGGCUUUGGGCAUUGGCAUCCAAAAUUUUCCUGAGGGUUUAGCAGUCAGCUUGCCCCUACAAGCCGCUGGUUUCUCGGUCUGGAGAGCAUUUUGGUAUGGCCAGCUCUCCGGCAUGGUCGAGCCCGUGUUCGGCGUUCUGGGUGCAGUAGCAGUAGCAGCCGCCCAGCCGGCGUUGCCAUACGCGCUGGCUUUCGCAGCUGGUGCUAUGAUUUAUGUCGUCGCUGACGACAUCAUCCCGGAGGCUAACGCGUCCGGUAACGGCAAACUUGCUACCUGGGGCUGCAUUAUCGGCUUCGUGGUCAUGAUGUGCUUGGACGUUGGUCUCGGGUAA